AUCACCCUCACCAGCGCCAUGCCGCGCCUCUGCCGCGUCCUCGGCCGUCGGUCGAUGGCCUUCGUUGCGAGUUCCCGAACUCUCAAGGACUUGGUGAAGAAGAGUGCUGAGUUCCCCCACAUGGACGCGCUCAAGAUGGCGACAGAAGAUGCCGACCCUGUCUUUUUCACUUACAAGGAACUCGACAAGCAAGUGAACGCGUUUGCUGAAGGCAUUCAUGAGGUCGGCUUCAAGCAGAGGCACUCCCUUGUUCUGUGGGGGCAUGAUUGUGCAGAGAACAUCGUAGCACAGUUGGGGGCUAGCAAAGCUGGCGUGAGGGUCAAGUUUCUUGAUGCCACCGCGACUGAUGAGCAACUUAUAACCAGUUUGGAUGAUGCAAGAAUGCUCAUAGUGUCUCCGUUUGUCCUUCCUGAAGAAGGGUCGCUGAAGAAGAUUGAGGAACUCGUCCCUGAGAUCAAGAAAAAGUACAGAGUGAACGACAACAUCAUUGAAAGCGCCAGGUUUCCGGCCUUGCGUUUCAUCAACAACUUUGGGUUUGAGAGAUACCCCGGAAUGCUCAAGUUUUCUCAUCUCAUGCUCUACAAGAGGGACAGGACCAAUUUCAGUGAAGACAAGUUUACAGAGGUGCAAUACGUGGGCAAUGACACAGUCCAGGAGUUCAAUCUUCCAUACAUCGAUUCCAAUGUGAAGAUGCCGGUCGUGCCUGAGGCGGAGGAUGUCUGUUGAAUGAAUCGAAUUUUCUUGAUGGGGUGCCACGUAACUCUUGUUGUCUUGGAGGUCCAAGACGUGUAUAAAGCACAAGUAGC